GACUCAGAGAAAGAUAUUGAGAGAAAGAGGAGAGAGAGGGAAAUGAAGCUUUAAAUGUAUGCACAUGGGCGGGAUUGCAUAAUUUCUGUAAAUCUUCACGUGUAUUUCUGCAGCUUCUAUUUUUCUUGAAAUCUUAUCUCUUUUUGCUUUGAUUUCUGGUGUUUGGGACGGUUGGUGGAAGAGAAUCUAAGUCUCUAUCCAUAUCUGGUGAGGUAGUUUUGUUGGUUGAGAGAGAAAGAUUGAUAGAUAUGGAGGGUGGAGGUAGAAAACCAUCUAGCGUUUCGUCUUCGUCUUCGUCUUCGUCGUCUCUGUCGACUGAGCUUUUUGGACCCAAGGAGUCGCCGUCUUCGACGUUGUUCCCAGCUCCGAAUACUGGCAACUCGUCUUCAACAGGGAUUUUCAACUCGGUUUUUCCGCCGGCCUCUGGGGGUUUGGGGUGGGAUUCGUCGCGUUCUGAGUCGUUUGGAUCAUGGAGAAAGGAGAAUCCUGAGGUCCCAGCAUGGAACGGCAAACAUGCAUCCGCAGGUGGGUCCCGUAGCAGUGCAAGCGAAAACCAGAGCAUACCCAACAAGGAUGGGAGGUCAGUUUUUGUGGAUGAAACUGUAGAACCGUGCUUUCUCAGCUCGUCUCUGUACUAUGGUGGCCGGGACAUGUAUUCCCAUUCCCCAAGUACCCGAACCUCAGGAACCCCCUCUAUUUUCAAGAAGGAUGGCGAAGAAGGUGAGGGCAGUCCGCCCGGUGCCUCGAGGGGAAAUUGGUGGCAAGGAUCGCUUUAUUACUAAAGUAAAUGGAAAGUGGAUACUCUAUCAAAAUAGUAAGUGACAGGAAGUUUAGGAGUCGUCCAGUACCGUUCCAUACUGAAGAUAGUUGCUGCUACUAUAUAAAUAGCGCCCUUCUGAAGUGGAGCUGUAAAUGGGUCUUUCUCACUUCUGUUGGGAGAAGAAUCGUUGAAAGAAUCCAUGAGCUUUGCUUUUGUUUGAAGGGAACAUUUUAUACUUUUAGUUUUACUGUGGCCGAAAAUCUAGAUGUAGAUUUUCUGUGCUUCGGACUGUCUAGUUCUUCUAUAUGUCAUCGAACUAUGUUUUUGGCUUUUUAGCCCAAACUUCAGCUGUAGUUAGCAUUAGAAAUAUCUAUGUGAAGCAGACCUUUUAAUAGUUACA